CUUUAGUCUCGAUAACUGAGCCCGAAGUGAAGCUGCUUAUUAUUCAUACAGAUCUUGAGCGGCUGUGAAAGGGACACGAUGCUCCUGCCAAGCUCUCUGACCACGGCGGUAAUCGCGUUGCUGUCAGUGAGCGCCAGGCCCUCCGAGGGACGCCUGGCGCUGGUCGACAACGGCUAUGAGGACCUCGUGGUGGCCAUCUCUCCUGCGGUGAACGAGGCUUACGCAAUGGAUCUUAUCUGGUCUAUAAAGCGAACCGUUAGCGAGGCUUCUGCCGUCCUGUUCAAGGCAACUCGCCGGAGAGCCUUCUUCAGGGACGUCAAAAUUCUCCUGCCGAUGACCUGGACCAGCACCACCUACGACCAGUUAGCUUUCAAUCAACAUUUUCAAAGCAGCGAGAUUCGAGUGGACGUCAGCAACGCGGCGUAUGGUGGCCAGCCGUACACCGACCAACCAGGCGGGUGUGGUGUUCCAGGCCGGUACAUUCACCUCACUCCUGAGUACUUACUCAACGAUGGGGAAGCCGCUUGGUGGGGUCCUCGUGGCAAGACCCUCGUGCACGAGUGGGCCAAGCUGCGGUGGGGCGUGUUCGCUGAGGUCGGCUUCCCUCGCGACCCGGCCGCCCCGCCCUUCUUCUGGAAUUCUCAGGGCGAAGUUCAUGGCGCAGAGAACGUCAGUCCGACAUACUGCGCAAACCGGGAGUUGUCGGGAGAGCUGAGGGACGACCUGACCAACGCCUCCUGCAGCUACGUCGACGGCCUCCCCGACGCCAACUGCCGCUUCCGCCCCAACGCCAGCCAGGCAGCCUCGUCCUCCCUCCUGGGAUACUAUCACAUGAACAGUAUCGUGGAAUUCUGCGACUCCGUCUUCGCCAGCGAGAAGCCCCACGCUGUCCUGGCGCCGAGCAGACACAACCUCAUGUGCAAAGGACGGUCUGUCUGGGACGUCAUGGGCCUCCAUCCUGACUUCGAAGGGGGGGCGAACCCUCCCGCCACGGCCUCCUCCCCGACGAAGGUCACGGUCCUGCGCCCGGAAGUCGUCAGGAUCGCGCUCGUCCUUGACUACUCCUCAGGGAUGAGUGACUCGCGAAGGAUCGACAAGCUCCAGAGAUCCGUCAAGCGGUGGAUCCUUCGCGAGGUGCCGGACGGGCUCUUCGUCGGGAUCAUCAAGUUCUGGAGUCAUGCGUACCCAUCUGCUGAACUGACGGAGGUCACGGGGCAGUCUCGCAAGGACCUCGCAAGUCGCAUAGACAAUAUUCUUAGCUCCGGUUGUAGUAUCGGUGCUGGCCUUGCGAUGGCUAUGGAUGUUCUAGAGAAUCAAAACAACCCCAUCAUUGUUGUGGUUAGCGGAAGCCAUGAAGAUAACUAUCCUUAUAUUGAUGACAUGCUCAGCAAAGUUGUUAAGUUCGGAGCCAGAGUUGUAACAGUAGCACUGGGGUCCGACACCGAGAGCAAACUCCACUCCCUGGCCUCGGCGACGGGAGGGAAGGCGUUCACGGUUUCGGACGAGGGCGAAGGCGGGCCCUGACGAGGGCCUGCUGGGGGCCCUGGGGUACCAACCGGGGGGCAGGCCGGACGA